AUGUGCCGCUUGCUAGUGUUUAAAGGCACGGAACCUAUUUUACUUUCUCAUUUGCUCACAAGACCCGCGCAUAGCAUUAUCAACCAAGCAUUUGACUCGCGCCUUCGUGUCGAUCUAAAUCGUCCGAUCAAUGGUGACGGCUUUGGUGUAGGCUGGUACGACUCGGAAUGGGAUCCCGAACUUGGCGAUGCGCCGUGUAUCUUCACGAGUGUGACGCCCGCGUGGAACAAUACCAACUUACAUCGCCUUGCCGAGAAGAUCAAAAGCCCGCUCGUAUUUGGCCACGUUCGUGCUUCCACCGCAGGCGCACUGAGCGAGACUAAUUGCCAUCCAUGGCGCUACGGCCGGCUCAUGUGGAUGCACAAUGGCCAAAUUUCCGGAUUCAGCAAAAUUAAGCGGAGAUUGUUGGCCGCGCUGCCAGAGCCGCUCUUCCUGUUUCCGCAAGGGCAUACAGACUCGGAAUUUGCAUUCGCACUAUACCUGAGCCACUUGAAGGACCCAUCGAGCAUGAAAGAGUUUAGCUGCAAAGACUUGAAAGACGCAAUGCUCAACACGAUCCGUGAUAUUAAUAUUUGGUCGAAAGAGGCGGGCAUUGAGGAGCCGAGUCUGAUGAACUUUUGUGUGACGGAUGGACAGAGCAUCGCAUGCACGCGCUACGUCUCGAGCAAGACGGAUGAAGCUGCAAGUCUGUACUUUUCGACUGGCACGUCGUUUUACGAGCAUUCUGAAGGCGCAUACCGCAUGGUCAAGGCCGACCGUCGACAAAAGAUUGUCGUCAUAGCGAGCGAGCCUUUGACGUUUGAGAAAGGUAUGCACCGUUGCAUGAACUCACUCGCAGCCGACUGGAUGGAAGUCGAAUCCAACACCAUCUUGUGCAUCACGCCCAACAUGAAUGUGCUCCAAUACCCGAUACUCGACGAGUAUCACAGCCCACGCUCGCAAAUGCAUGUACGCAAUCCCAAUUUUGCAAUGCGUGCGGGAUUCCACCCCAAUACACAUAUCGCACCCGAGAUCCGCGAGCACAUUCAAACCGACUCGGUCUGUGGUUCCGCAGUGUGCUCUGAUGUAGGCACCUCUGAAAUUCUUCCAGAGGGCUAA